AUUUUAAACUAACAAAACAAAGAUUUAGUGAUGCAUUACCUCAAGAAGAAACUUGAAAAAAAUCAUAGGUACUAAUAUCAUUCUAGAACAUGAUGUCUACUUUGCCGAGCCUUGGAAUCUAUCAAGUCUGUCAUCAUAUCAUUUUAAUUUAUUUAUACAUUAUCAUCCAGACAAUUGAAUUCCUAAGCACCUCAAACUAUUUAAAAAAAUGGUAGAAACAAGCAUCUUUCACAAGUAACAUCAUUCAUAGGUCAAAAAGAAUGAAAUCUUAAUUCGGUAAGAAAAGGACGGGAAAAGAGGUUCCAGAUCUACAUUCAAGACUUCAUAUCUCUCCAAAAACAUCUUUUGGAAAGAGAUUACAAGGAGCAAGAGAUGUCACCAAAGUGAGGAAUUGAAAUAUUAAAAACAACAUUAAUGGAAUCAUGAUUUAGAGUUUCACCAUUGGAGGAGCACAUAGAGAGGCUAGAAGAAAACUCAGUUUCAGAUGCUAAUGAAAGACUAGGGUAGAUUAGGUCAUCGUUUCCACUAAAGGCAUUUAAAUGCCACGUCGGUCAGUCUUCAAAUUAUUUGAUAAAUUUGCCUCUACUAAAUAAGCAAGAAUUAACACCGUUAAUGAUUUUUAUUUUUUUAUUUUUUAACUAGACAAACCACCUAUCCUGAGAAUGAAAAAGAACACGAUCCUUCUUUAGCAAAUCUGAUUUUUUUUUUUUUUUAAAUUCACUUUAAUUCACCAAUUCUGUGGUUUUUAAGACAAGCACAUGUUGAUUGCAUACAAUUGAGAAUAAAUAUCUGACAACGUAUUUUUAACCGGUAGUAAAAAAUAGUGGGUUGCAAACCUACACGCCACAACCAGAAAACCAUUUCUAUUAAUGUCCAGUGAUUUAAAAAACUUGAAACCCAAUACUACUAGACUAUGAAUCUUUUGGACCCAAUUCUUGUAACACAAACACCUCUCUUUGUACCCAAUAUUUUAAAAAAAAUUCCACUUUUAACCCCACAACUUUUGUAACGCAACCAUCCUCUUGAAGCUUUAACCGAUAUAGAUAAAUAAAUAAACAGAUAAAAACCUAAACUUGAUCCCAAAGCAAUCUAAAUACUUUCCAAAAACAAAAAAUAAAUAAAAUUCCCCCCACAGACAAACGACACCACCACCACUAAACUCCGCCACCACCGUCUACUCUUCUCAUCCUCUCUCUCUCUCUCUCUCUUCCAAAUGUCAAACCCUCUUUAACUCUCCAUCCAUCCCUUCCAUGGCCUCCCACUCCCCCUCCCAUUCCUCAACCAUGACUGAAAUCUCCAAACCUUCCAAACCCCAUGUCCUCCACCGCUACACCCCUUCCUCCACCAUCUUCCGUCCCAUCUGCGUCACCCUCGCUCUCCUCCUCCUCCUCUUCGGCCUCACCUCCCUCAUUCUCUACCUCGUCUACCGCCCUUCUCAUCCCCACUUCACCAUCCUUGGCGCCGCUGUCUACUCCCUCUCUACCCACCCCCCCAACUCCACCUUCACUCCCUCACUCCAACCCAACACCAUCUCCACCAACCUCCAGUUCACCAUCCUCUCUCGCAACCCCAGCCACCGUGCCACCAUCUCCUACGACCGUCUCAACGUCUACGUCUCCUACCGCAACCAACCCAUCACUCCACCGCUCCCUCUCCAGCCCAUGUUCCAGGACACUGAUAGCUCCGUCUCCUUCUCUCCUGUUCUCGGCGCCGACAACGUGCCGGUCUCGCCGGAGGUUAUCAUGGGCUUGGCUUCUGAUCAGGAGUUUGGUGUUGUUAGCUUGAGGGUUGUGCUGCUUGGCAGAAUCAAGUAUAGGACUGGACCUUUCCGUAGUGGUUGGACUAGUUUGUUUGUUCGCUGUGACAUCAUGCUUGGGAUCAGGAAAGGGACUUCUGGUCAAGUCCCCAUGCUUGGUGCUCCCAACUGUGAUGUUGAUGUUUGAUGUUUAAUGUUUGAUCCUCAUCUUGGUGAGUUUAGUGUGGAUGGAAAUAAAGAACUAGUGGAAUAAGAACAUAGAGAGAUGUUUUUAAUUUAUC